AGUAGUAAACAACUUCAUUUCUCCAUCUAUUUAAACCCCAUUCUCUGCUCUUCUUCUUCCUCCCUCCUCUCCUCCGCUCCUUCUCUCUCAAUAAACUCCUUUGAAACCCCUUCAUUCAUCCUCUCUUCUUCUCAGCAUUUGAUUUCAUCAUCAAAACCUCAUCUUUGUUUCCUAAUUCACAAUGGAGUACGGCAAUUGUUACCAACAGCCUCAGAGUACUAAAUUCGACUGCCUUCUCUUCGAUGUAGAUGAUACCCUUUAUCCAUUCAGUUCUGGUUUGUCAGCCAGCUGCACCAAAAACAUCGGCGAUUAUAUGCAUGAAAAGCUUGGCAUCGAGAAGAGCAAAAUCCCUGAAUUGAGUAGUUUUCUGUACAAGACAUAUGGUACCACUAUGGCUGGGCUUAGGGCUAUUGGUUAUGAUUUCGACUAUGAUGAAUACCACAGUUUUGUUCACGGUAGAUUACCGUAUGAGAAUCUCAAACCAGACCCAGUUCUAAGAAGCCUUCUGUUGAGCUUACCUUACCGUAAAGUUAUCUUCACAAAUGCAGAUAAGAUCCACGCAGCUAAGUGUCUAAAUAGACUUGGGUUGGAAGGUUGCUUUGAAGGAAUUCUAUGUUUUGAGACUCUGAAUCCUACUCACAACAGAAACAUCAAUUCAGAUGGCGAAGAUGAACAAAACACAGAACUUUUUGAUAUAGUUGAACAUUUUUCUCAACCUGGUAACACUCAAUCAGAACUUCCAAAGACGCCAAUUGUAUGCAAACCUUCUGAAUCUGCUAUCGAACAAGCUCUCAGUAUAGCUUGCAUUAACCCACACAAAACAAUAUUCUUUGAUGACAGCACCCGAAACAUAGCUUCUGGGAAAUGUGUGGGUCUAACCACUGUCUUGGUUGGAAAUUCACAUAGAUGCAAAGGUGCAGAUUAUGCGCUAGAAAGCCUUCAUAACAUCAGGGAAGCAUUGCCUGAACUAUGGGAUGUUGCAGAAAAGAAAUCAGAACAAAUGGUCACCAAGAUUGCUAUUGAGACAUCCGUAAUUGCUUAAUCCAUUACGUUGUAUUGUUUAAGAUCCAUCCAUCCAUCAUCUGCAGAACAGAGAGGAUUUGUCACCACAUGCCUAUGCAUGAUUGUGUGUUUUUUUUGGGAUUUCUCUGUAUAGAUCCCAGUAACACCCCUCUUUGGUUCAUUUUUCUUCUUCUUGUUGUUGUUAUAUUAGUUAAAAGUUAAAAAGCAAAUGCAUGCCUGAAUGCAUUUUUUUGGGAUUUCGUCGCAGUAGAUCCCAUUAACAUGUCUAUGAUCUGGUUCCUCUUCUUGUUGUGUUGUUAUAUUAGUUAAAAGAAAUGUAGAUCAAUCGA